CAACCAGCAUACAGGCGGAGAGUGGCAUCACUCCAGCUGCUUCUGUAGAUGCUAAUAUUAUGUUUUUUAGAUAUGAUAUGAUAUGUAUUUUUAUGUCUUAAGAUUAUAUAUAGAUGGUAUCUGAGCUUUCUGUGUUAGAAAUGUUUAAUGAUGUGUCAAACACGUUUAGCUAUCGCUGUUUUUUAAUGCACUUUUUCAUAUUUGGUGUAACAUCCUGGUAACUGCCGGGCCGUUUCUCGCUCCGCCCACACAGGAAGUAGAAAUGAAAAUACAAGGAGGUCGAAGGGGAGGUCCAAGCACCGGCGCACUCGAUUUUGGCGAAGAGAUACAUGUCUGCAGUUGUUGCAGAUCAGGCAAAACAACACAUUCAUAGGAAACAGUAGUGCACUGGUGUCUUUGUGGCUGAUAAGCCUGUGCGCUCUUAUAGCGAUGAUCAUAAAUUGAUGGGAUUAAUCAGGAAUCUUGCCACAAAUUGGACUGUAAUUCGACAGACUUUAAUAAGAAACCCUCAAAAGAUAAUCAUGGCAAGACAACUUCAUGCGAGCAGAACAGACGGUGUGGAUAAAAACGUUUGGGUUGAAUUCACACAGCUGGCGGCAGACUACAAAGCAGUGAACCUUGGACAGGGGUUUCCUGACUUUGCUCCUCCAAAGUUUAUCCAGGAUGCUUUCUGUAAAGCUGUGAGUGGAGGACCCAUCAUGCACCAGUAUACCAGACCAUUUGGCCACCCUCCUCUCGUAAGAAGUCUGGCCAAAUUCUUCAGUAGGAUUGUGGGACAUGACAUUGACCCUCUAGAAGACAUCCUGGUCACAGUUGGAGCUUAUCAGGCUCUCUUCUGUGCAUUUCAAGCUCUGGUUAAUGAAGGCGAUGAGGUGAUAAUUGUUGAACCGUUCUUUGACUGCUACCAGCCGAUGGUGAAGAUGGCUGGAGGAAAGGCGGUGUAUGUACCUCUGAGGCCGAAAGCUGCGAGCGGGGCCGUCCUGUCAAGUGGAGACUGGGUUCUUUCUGCUGAGGAGCUGGCCAGUAAAUUCACUCCACGCACAAAAGCCGUCGUUAUCAACACUCCCAACAACCCAAUAGGCAAGGUUUACAAGACUGAGGAGCUCCAAAUGAUCGCUGAUCUGUGCAUCAAACAUGACGCGCUGUGCAUCAGCGACGAGGUGUACGAGUGGCUGACUUAUGACGGAGCCGAGCACGUAAAGAUAGCCAGCCUCCCUGGGAUGUGGGAACGAACCAUCACUGUUGGCAGUGCUGGAAAGACCUUUAGUGCGACGGGCUGGAAGGUCGGCUGGGCCAUCAGCUCUGGGCAUAUUGUGAAACACAUGAAAACCAUCCACCAGAAUACGGUUUACCACUGCGCUACAGCUGCUCAGGAGGCAGUGGCUCAGGGAUUUGAGAGAGAAUACGAGGUGUUUGGGACUCCAGAGAGCUACUUCCAGCAGCUGCCUGCGAUGUUGCACCUCAAGAGGAACAAGCUGGCGUCGUGUCUGGAGAGUGUGGGUUUGCAGCCCAUCAUGCCACAGGGAGGCUAUUUUAUGAUCGCAGACAUCUCCUCUGUCAAGGUGGACUACAAUGACCAGAGCUCUGUGGACGAGCCAAACGACUUCAGAUUUGUUAAAUGGCUAACUAAAGAGAAGGGUUUGGCAACAAUCCCCGUCUCUGCGUUCUACAGCCCAGAGCACAGCAAGGAGUUUGACAAAUACAUCCGCUUCUGUUUUGUCAAGGAGGACUCCACCCUGGAUGCAGCAGAAGACAUCCUGAGGAAGUGGAGUCAAGGACAGUAAAGUCACCUGUGAUGAGAGGCGUUACCCGUCCACCCAGAUUUAAUCAAGCAAUCACUACUUAAACUGAUUUUGGGCGCCCUCCUCAGUUCAAUGAGCCAUACUGAGUGUUUCUGUUGUACAUUGUCACAGUAGAGGCACGAGAGACAUGAUGUCCACUUUCAGUAUUUCCUUGCCCUGUGACUGUAAAACACUCAGGUUUGAAAAAAAAAGCAGUCCUUUUAUUGAUCCUGUGCAAUUAUUUUAAACAGAAGUAUUUUUCAAUGUUAGAACUGAUACUCAGUCGAGAUAUUUGUCCUCAAUCUACCAAGUUAUUUGUAAAGUUUUAAUAAAUCCUAAUGUUGUAUUCGUCA